AUGGCUGCGCCCGAGCACAACUUUUCAGGCGCUCUUGCCACUUGGAAAGAAAUCAAUCUCCUGGAACUACAAAAGACACUCGACGCGCAAGGGAUUCAACUUGUUGACAACCAGAAGGAGAGCGUUGUGGGGAGGAAGGUCCUAGCCGACAAGACUAAAGAAUUCAAGAGAAUUCCCGACUCUGAGAAGGUUGAAGCCUUCAAGGCCCUGCUGAAAGCCUAUCAGUCUGAAAUCGACAACCUCACAAAACGGGCCAAAUCCUCCGAAAAUGCAUUCUUGGACGUGUACAAGGUCAUCGCCGAGGCACCAGACCCGUACCCUUUGCUAGAAGCGGCGGUCGAUCAAACCGUCAAAGUCGCUGAAGCGCGAGACUUGGAGGCGGAAUUGAAGCGACUGCGCGAAGAGAAUACAGAGCUCCGGCGACGGGUCAAUGAUUUCUCGUCCGUAGAGUCCGCGAAGAAGAAAGCAGAGCUCAAGGUCGAGCAACUGGAACAGAAAAUGGAGGAGUCCAUACUCGAGAAGGUCGCCCAGAAAGAGAACGAGCUAAAUGCGACCUAUGACGAGAAGAUGCGAAACUACGAGGAACGCGAGCAAGAUCUUCAACGACAAGUCACACUAACGAAGAAUCAAUUGAGGGACCUGCGCACGUCGAACGACUCCAAUCAGGCCAAGCUCAUUGACCACGGGCAACACCAGGAGGUUGUUGCCAAACUUGCUGAACUGGAUAUGAUCGUUGCCGACUUGGAACGCGCGAACAGUCGUGUCGUCACUGUCGAACGCCGGAAUGAAAAUCUGCGCGCUGAGAUAGCGGCAAUCCGGACAGGGACGGCCGGUUCAGAUCGAGUCAAGUCUCUGGAAUCUCAGGUGGCUGACUUGGAAGUGGAGACAGAACGCUUGUCGCGCAGUCUGGAGCUUCAAAAGCAAGCAGCUGCAGACGCAGAAUCUGAUGCACAACACAAACUUGUCGAGCUAUCGCGGGACCUGCAGACCAAGGCCACGGACAUCGAUCAAUUGAGGCUAAAGCUUAAGCAAUAUGGUGACUAUGAUGAGAUCAAACGAGAGCUCGAGAUCAUGAAAUACGUCGAAUUCGCCGGUCUGGAUGACGACAAUGACGACGAUGGCGAUGCUGAGAUCAAACUUCCGAAUCCGAACGCUCAGAAGGCCAAUGCCGAGCCCGGUAACACGUUGGAAGGACUGUUGGCCACCAAGAAUAAACGUCUGCUCGAGGAACUGACGAAGAUUCGGCAGCGAAUUGGAAAGCAGCAGAUCCUCAACGAGAAGCUGGAGAAUGAUCUUCUGUCUAUGAACUCGCACACAAAUGGAGACGCAGCAAAGGAUGAGGACGAUGUUCUGGGCGGUCUGGAUCUUGGUCGGAAACCAGAACAACCGGUGAAAACGACACCGAUCCCCUUCUCGUCUGCCGAUACGACCAUCCUGCCUAUCGUAACGAGCCAACGAGAUCGCUUCCGUCAACGGAAUGCUGAAUUAGAGGAGGAACUGCGCAAACAAUUCCAGAUCAUCUCGGAGCUUCGGACAGAGAUCAAAAACCUUCAGACGGACAACCUGAAGCUGUAUGAAAAAGUCCGCUACAUGCAGAGUUACAGGGAAGAGGGUGGAGGAGCCACGCGACCAGUGACGUCGCAACUGGAUCCAUUGCCAGCGCAGUCGGGGACGGACGACAUGACCAAGUACAGAGCUAGGUAUGAACAAGCCAUCAACCCCUUUGAAGCAUUCCGCGGAAGGGAAGCCACGCGAGCUUAUCAGAAUCUGAACCCCAUUGAGCGCGCCGUUCUCGUUCUCACAAAAGGGGUUCUCGGGAACAGGCGAACACGCGCCUUCUUCAUUGUCUACACGUUGGGGCUACAUCUGCUCGUCAUGUUCACCACUUACGAGUGCACGACCGGCUCGGGUCCUCCGUUGCAGAGACAGCCAAACCCGUAUUAG